CUGCUGCUUGGAGGUCACUCCAAAAAAAAUCCCAGCAAAGCCCAUGGCCUCCCAGUGCAAUAUUUGAUCAGGAGUCUGGGCGGGCACCAACCUUGGCAGAUUGAAAGCUGCACACACACGCUCUUUAGUACACAGGAGGAUCACACAGGCGAACACUGCAGCUCUGGGAAAAAGGUGUCUCUGAGUCCAGGUUGGAACAAGAUUUGUAGCACGAUGCACUGGGCUUCUGUUUUUAUUAUGGCUGGCCUCUGCGGAGUGUCCUUGAGCCAGUACGAUGAUUAUGAUGACGUGUUAUGGCUACAACAGUAUUUACGCAGCCAGUCCACAUCCUACAGCUAUUCACCAUAUUAUGAAGAUGAGAUUCCCCCAUAUGAAUCUUACUCUUACGUGCCAGCUGGAUCCUCUGUCGGGGAACCCAUUCCUGAAGCUCCUGUCUCAAGAGAAUGUCCGCAUGAGUGUGAAUGCCCUCCCAACUUCUCUGCUGCCUUGUACUGCGACACUCGCAAUCUCCGUUAUCUUCCUUUUGUGCCUUCCCGGAUGAAAUAUGCCUACUUCCAGAACAACCAAAUCACAGCCAUCCAAGAGGGAGCCUUUGAUAAUGCCACAAAUCUUGAGUGGCUUGCCUUGCAUGGCAACCAAAUCACCAGUGAAAAGAUGGGCAAGAGGAUCUUUGCCAAGCUCAAGAGCCUGGAGAGGCUAUACCUUGACCAUAACAACCUGACCAAGAUGCCUAACCCUCUGCCACGAUCACUGCGUGAACUCCACCUGGCUUAUAAUCAGAUCUCCAAGGUCCCAUCCAAUGCCCUUGAAGGCUUGGAGAACCUCACUGCCCUGUAUCUUAGCCACAACCAAAUCCAUGAAAUAGGAUCAAACCUCAAGGGGUUAAAGUCUUUGAUUCUGGCAGACCUGAGCUACAACCAACUUAGAAAAGUCCCUGAUGGUCUUCCAAGCUCCUUGGAGCAACUCUACCUGGAGUACAACAACAUACAAACUAUCCCUGAUGAUUAUUUCAAGGUCUCACCUAAAUUGCUUUAUGUACGGAUGUCUCACAAUAGCCUGACCAAUGAAGGACUCGCUCCCAAUGCUUUUAACACCAGCAGCCUUCUAGAAUUGGAUCUCUCUUACAACAGGCUUCAGAAGAUACCUCGAGUCAGUACAAGCCUUGAGAAUCUCUACCUCCAGGGGAACAAAAUAAAUGAAUUUACCAUCAGCAGCUUCUGCACCCUUGUUGACAUCAUGAACUUUUCCAGGCUACAAGUCCUGAGGUUGGAUGGGAACGAGAUCCAGAGAAACAACGUGCCCUCAGACGCCCCACUUUGCCUGCGAUGGGCCAGCGUCAUAGAGAUUUAGCCCUUGCCUUUACUCCUUUUCUUAAUCCCCUCCCUCUGAGAAGGUGGUCACAUGCAAAGGAAGACAGGGCUCCUGUUCCUUUUAAUAGUAGGAUGGAAGAAGAAAUUUCAGCAGAUAUAAUUUCACUGACAAGCUAUUCCUGCUGAAAUACCUGCUUCCACACAAAUGUUGAUGGUACAGGAGCCCUUUCCUUCACUGCAGAAGGCCACCCUAUCACCACCCCCAAGAAGAGUAUCAAGUCCUUCCUGAGACCACACAGGAGCAGAGGUUGAUCUCCAUUUCGCUACAUUUGAUUCAGCUUCUGCAAUCAUGCAAAAACAUAGGAAGGUUGAAUCAUUUGAUCCAAGAUGUGAUGCCCUUAGUAGCCAAUCAGGUGACAACACACACACAUGCAAAAUCUUUGCUCACCUUGUUGUCCACCCUUUCUCUAUUCUCUCUCUUUCAAAAGCCAAUCACUGGUCUGGGGUUCCCAAGGGAGGCUAUCAGGUUGCAUGUGUCUCUCCUUCUGGAUGGGUGGAUGGGUGAAGGAAGAGAUGUUUAUAGAUGUCAUUACAUUUCAUAUGUGUAAGCUUUAGAAAUUUGAUGCCAGUUGAGCUGCCCUUGGAGUUUUCCAUGUAGGAGGAUCUCCCUGUAAAUGAAGCUUAUGGAGGAGGGGACAGAAAAAGAUGGAAGUCAAACAAAACAAAAACGGGUUAAACAGCUGGCCACACAACAAGGAGCAAUUACAAGAGACAGGAUGGAGGAACUGCAAAAGAGAAAGGGAGAGAGAAAAUUACUGUCAGGAUUGGAGUCAUCUUUUCAGAUGGCUUUCAAAGUUGAAUAUAGCUCCCCUGGUGUCAGGCUUCCUAUUAAAUGCCAUCUUUCAUCACAAUUUCUCCCUCACUUUAUUUUUCAUUUUCCCUUCAAUAUUGAUUACAAGAACCCACAAAGAAAUAAGUGAGGAAUCCAAAUCCCUACAAUCAGACAAACACAAUAAUAAUAAUAUGAAUUAAUCAUGAUGCUACAUAUCCCUGAAUCAUAUCAUUCAUUGCAGGUUCUUCAUAAUUUACUCUCUGGAAGGCUACAAAACAAAUGUUUCCCAGCAUGUUCAUAGCUCCACUGAGACCCAUUUCCCUUUCUCUUCGCCAUUCUUAUGUUUUCCUAGACCGAAGUUUUAUUGUCACCAUUAUGUUUUAUUUCUUCCAGUUUUGUUCAAUCAAUAACUUUACAGAAGAAAAAUUUUUAAAAAAAAGAACCAUCUCUAUCUGGGAAUUUGGAAGCGAUUGUUUUUAGAGAGAAUGACAAGAAACAAUACUGGAUUAAAUGGGAAGUUCCCAAAAUCUAGUAUAACAUAUACAGUAUAAUUUCGCACAAUUGCAUAGGUCUGUGAUAUGUGUAGAGACUCUAUAGCCACACCACACCUGUACAGGAAGAAAAUAACCCUCUAUUUCCAGAAGACUGCAGGGAAUUUUUUCAGAUAUCUACGCUUCUGAAGGAUUUAAGCCACGCUUGAGGCAUUGAAUACACUGCAUAUUAGUAACCUUAGCCAGUUUGACAGAAAAGAGUUUUCUUCUGCCCUCUGCUAUCGUGCAGUUUGGUUUAUUAAUCAGUGCUUACAGAAUACAGGUUUAAUACUUCCUUCUAUGUGCUGCUUAUGUGCAUAUGAAGAAUGCUGCUCUUAUUGAGGCAACAUUCCUAGUUGGCUGUAAAAUGUAACAUGAGCUAAGUUAGCCUUAAAGUACUUGAUGAGAAUGUAAGAUCAUUCAGGAAGGUAUCAUUCAGCCAGCAUAUCAUGAAAAACAGAGCAUUUUAUGAUUGCACUGCUCUGUAAAUGCCCAUUUGGGUAUAGCAAUCCAAUUAAAAUUGCACCCCAAAUUCAUUUUUGCAGCAGAAUUCCAUUCUAGCUUCCAGUGUGUUUAAUUGCAUUCAUUGUAACUUGUCUGCUUGGCUCUAGAAUUGACUGGGCUGAAUUUCAUGCACUUUGUAGCUUUAUGGCUUGCCUUAAGAAUGUAUGGUGCUUUUCAUUUUGAAGCUCCCCUCCCAUAUCCAUUGAAUUAUUUUGUUUGUUUAUAAUCCAGGGAGGAGAGGGGGGAGGAGAUGUAAAACAAGGAGGAAGAGAAAAUUAGGGAACAUGGGAAGCUCAAAAUGCCCUUGAAACUUUAUGUAUUUAAAGUGCAUGCUGAUAAUAUAAAAGAACUAUGUAGAGGCACAAAUUGUAGAUAUCAUUACUGAUCAAUAAAGCCCUUUUUAUAA